ACCAUGCGGAACCCGAGCGUUAUUUUCGCUUGAGAAAAAUUGCCUCAUUUCUUCACCCUACUACUUAUGUCGAAGAAUAUAAAAUGGUUUUGGGCCUAUGAAGAUCCAGUUCACCUUCAAACAGUGUCUUCAAUACAACACCAAAAAAUGAAAACUUUGAUUGCUUUCUUCGCUCUUGUAGCCCUCACCCUUGCCUUCCCAGGAGGUCAUGAAGGUGGUGGGGACAAAGCCACUGAAGUCAUUCAUGGACACCCAGUGGUGACUGGUGUCUUCAAGAACCCUGGCAUUGGAUAUUACAACAACUACGCCCCUAAAAUCGAAGGUCCAGUCAAGCACCGAGGACAGGGUCCCCAUAUCGAAAAAGAAGAACAUCAUUAGAGUUUUGCUGAUAACAUAACGUACCUUCUUCUCUGCUUGUUAAGUUUCUUGUUGUGAUGAUCUUAGGUUUAAUAAAUUAUUUUUUUUAAGUA